GCAGUAUCAAGUAUGCCUGUGUAUUGAAUACGGUUCUAUGCUCCAGGAGGCAUUAGCUCUUGUUUUGGAUAGGGAUGGCAGUGAAUGCGUGCUUGCCAAGUUUGAGGUUAAGCACUGAACUGUUCUUGUCUUAAUCCACGUUGUUUCUGUUAUUGAUUAAAUAAUUAUUAGAUUUUUAUUAAAUGUAAUUUUAAUUCUUUGUUUUUUAAGAUGAAUCAGAAACUCAAAAGAGCAGCUGAAAUUGAUGAUGCCGCCUAUAAUUCUGAUGGAUUUGAAGAAGAUGACGAUAUCCCUGAAAAUGUUCAUAAUCGACUUCUUGGUGCUGUCUCUAAGUUGUAUAAGAAGAAACGUGUGGAGGCUCCAACAAGAAAAGAGCCAACCCUUGAGGUGUCUGAAUUCCACCUGACCACUGCCAGGGAUCGAAAGAAGAAGAAUGCAGUCAAUGUGACCAGUCUAACAAAAGUGCUUGAGAAAAAGGCCGCUCACAAAGAUAUUAAGAAGCAAAUAACCAGUGCGAAAAACAAUUCCAAGCGUCUUGACAAACCUCUAGAAAAACUAGAAUUAGAUAAGGUGGAACGAGCAGUAGGCUAUGAGAAUUUGAAAAAGGAUUUGGGAAAAUGGAACGCAAUAGUCCAUCACCAAAGAGCAGCCGAGCAAGUCAGUUUUCCUCUGCCCAAGUCUCAAGAAAUCCAAACCUGGGAUGAUUCUGCUAGUUUCAUGUCUAAAUUCAAGACUCCCACUCUUCUUGAACAGCAAAUGGCGAAAAUCUUGCAAGCCAGCAGAGAGUAUCGUAAUGAAGUUGUGGUUGAAGAAAAAGUUGAUAAAGAACCACCCAUUCCAUUGACUCUGAAAGAAAUGAUGGAGCAGAGAGCAUUGAUGGCAAAGACUCGCGCUCAGCGGAGAUACAAAGAGACAAAAGCUGCGAGACAAAAUAAAAUCAAGAGUAAAAAAUUCCAUCGAAUCCAGAGAAAGGAGAGGAUCAAAGCUGAGAUGAAAGAUUUCGAGAAAUUGCAGAAGGAAGAUCCUGAGGCGGCUCUCAAGAAGCUAGACCAGCUUGAAAAGUCGCGCGCCCAAGAGCGAGCCUCACUGCGUCACCGCACCACCGGUCACUGGGCCAAAAGCCUGCAGGCCCGCGCCAAAUACGACAAAGAGGCUAGGAUAGCUUUGGCCGAGCAAUUGCAGAAGAGUCGUGAGUUGACCAGACGAUUGAAGCAGGACAGCAGUAGUGAUGAGGAAGAGGAGGAGGAGGGGGUGGAAUUUGUGGACAACAAUUCUGACACCGAAGCAAAACCGACCAAUAACAGCGAAGUGUUCAAAAUAUUAAAGCCCAUCAAUAAUAGUGUGAAGUUUAAAACAUCAAAACCCAACGAUAAUAGUGAAACGAUUAAAACGUCAAAACCCAUCAAUAAUAGUGAAACGAUUAAAACAUCAAAACUCAACAAUAAUAGUGAAAAGUCAAAAACAUCAAAACCCAUCAACAAUAGUGGAAAGUUGAAAACAUCAAAACCCACCAAUAAUAGUGAAACGAUUAAAUCUUCAAAACUAGAUAUCGAUGAUAUGUUCAACAAAAUCGAAGACAAAAUCACUGAGAAAGUGGGGAAGAAGGUUGAAAAAUUGAAGAAGCAAAUGGAAAUCUCGAAUUCGUUGCCCAAAAAGACGAAAAAUAGAGACCGUGCAAGUAUAAAAGAUGACUUAGGAGAAGGGUUUGCUAUGAAGAAAAAAGUGGUGAGAUCAGAAAUCGACGAAGCACUGGAUGAAACGACCAGUAGAGACUCCACUAUUCAAACCGCUAACGGUCGAUGGUUAGUGCAACCCGUUGUUGUGCCUGAAAAUGAAGGCGAUAGUGAAGUCGAAAAUGGAGUAGAAGAAGAAGAGCCUAAAACUACAGAUAUUGAGCCAGUAAGGACGAUACAAGUGAAGCCGAAGUUUUUGAAAACAGUGGUUCCAACUGAUUUAGCCGGCGGGGAGGAUCUGGAUGACGAGGACAAUGAAAAUGGUGUAGGCGAUGAAGAAGGUCAAACGCAAAACAUGACUAUUGCCGAGGCGUUUGCUGACGAUGACGUUGUUAGAGAAUUCCAAUCUGAAAAGGAAGAUGAAAUCAAAAAAUCUAAAAUCGAUGAUGUGAACCUGGUGCUACCGGGCUGGGGCUCGUGGGGUGGUCAUGCCAUCAAGGAAAAUAAACGGAAACGAGAAAAAUUCAUCGUCAAAUUUCCCACAGUUUUGCCAAGACGUGAUGAGAAUAAAGGCAAUGUUGUGAUAAAUGAAGACAACGACGCUCCUGUCAAACCUCUUUUGGUGUCAGAUGUUCCAUUUCCAUUCACCUGUGUGAAGGACUUUGAAGCUAGUAUAAGAGCUCCAAUAGGAUCAACAUUCUUGCCUCAAAAAGCCUUCAGAAAGUUGACUGCUCCAGCUGUAACCACGAAGAUGGGAACUAUAAUAGAGCCGAUGAGUGGAGACAAUGUAAUCAAAAAUAUGAACACAUGAAAUCAAUAAAAUCUUUUCAUGCA